AUGAAUGCCACCACUGAUCUUCACAUCGAGCCCUGUGGAGCGGACACCUAUCUCGUGGGCAAUUGUAUGGAUAGUUCCCGACGUUGGCAUCCAAGCAGGCUGCGACUGGAUUCCUGCCUUGGAGAUAAUGGAGGACGCUUUCAAUGGGGUGGACAUGAGUUCACUGAGCGUGCCAGAAACAUCACAUUCAAUCCCGAGGAAGGUGGUAGCCGUGUCCCCGUCCUGCGAGCUGAACUGCAGGACGACGCAUUCAGAUACUUGCAAGGGGAUGUAAAUUUAGCUGAACGAAUCAAUAAUCGUGAAGGUCAACUGCAGUUCUCUUGGUAA